GUACAUUGCUGGUGGAGGUAGGGAGUGACAAGUAGAGUUUGUAGUGCGGAACCGGGCGGAUUAAUAUGAAACAUAAAUAUGAAAUAUGAACUUUUUCUAGCUCCUGUUUUGCGCGUCCUAGUUAACAUUUAGUUAACUUACUUUUUGUGUGUGUCGGAGGAGACUUUAUGGCACUGAGGACUAUAGGUCUAUUGCUUCAAAGUUGCAGGUUUAGCAAAUCCAGGUUAGGUUUGACCUGGUUCAAAUGCAGGAGGUCAGUGAGGCCUGCUGCCUGGAUGAUGACAUGGUGGAUGGAGACCUGGGUGACGGGAUGGGAGUCAGAGCAGCACCCAGCUCCACUAGUAAGAAGAGCCAAAGCUUCGCUGGUCUCUCAGAGACCCUGCUGCCCAGAGCAGAGCUGCUCAGGUGCACCAGCCAGGCAAGAGAAACAGCCUGGAUCCCCGGACUGAAGACUGCAGGGACACAGCAGAGAGCCUGGUGGAAGCUGCCAGGCUGUGUAGGCUCCCUGGUUGACCUGUCCAAAGAUGAGCUGAAAGACAAACUACAGGAAGCAAGUGAGGUGAUAGACAUAUUAUGCUGUGAGCUGGAGGUGGCACAUCGUUACCUUGAAGGCAAAUAUGAAGCUCUGAAGAUCUUACAGGGAAAGGCCAUUCUUGACAAAGCCACGAGUCACACUAAAAUUCUGCUGCAGAAAAGUGAGGAGAGGGCCAAAGCUCUGGAGAAGGAUGUGAACAGUUUGCAGUGGGAGCUCAGCUUCAACCAGGUCCAGAUGAAGAAGUCUGAGCAGUCCUGGGAGCAGAAAUACAACAGAAUUUUGAGUGAGAACAAUACUCUGACUGACAACCUGCAGGAAAAAGAGAGUGAGAUCCAGCAGCUCCGAGCAGAAAAUUCUGGUCUAAGUCGGCAGUACUUGGAACUUCUCUCCAUGUUGAAUGGGAGGGAGCAGAGAGCUUACCAAGGAACCAAACCUCCAUACAGCCCAGAGAGAGAUGCAAGUGUUCUGGAGCUGGCAGUGUUGGGGGCCUGCCGGUGUCUCGGAGUUGUGGAAGCCUGCCCAUGCAGUCGGACUGCUGCUACCAGCAGGAAGCAGCUCGUACAGCUGCAACAGGAGCUUGAUGCUCAGCAUUCCAGGAGAGAGGAGGCGUUGAUGGUUGCAGAUGCUUUUCGCAUCGCCUUUGAACAACAGCUGAGGAAACGAAGUGAACACUUCCUGCUGCUGGCUGAGGCUAACAUCCUGAAAUCACAUCAAUGCAAUGCUGAAGGUGCUAACAGGAGUUCUUUAAUCAGUGUAAGUCAGAGGUUGAGAGGAUUGCUGCCCUCCAGUUUGGAGUUGAAGAUGCCUGAUGAUCUUUUAGAGACUCUCUACAGACUGCUGGACUUGCUGAAUGACAAGGAGGAGGCCUUGGCCCACCAGAGAAAGGUGAGCAUCAUGUUAGCCCACAGUGCCGAAGAGCUGCAGAGACAGUUGCAACUAGAUUCACAUUGCCGGCCAUCAGAUCCAUCAGAGUCCAGCAUCCCAUCAAAGCAGCCACAAGACCCAUCAAGGAAUCAGAGCCAGUCUCAGCAAACAGCUAAUACAUCAGAGUCCAUCAUCCAAGCAAAGCAACAAAUGGAGCUGCCAGUUUCCCAGCUCCAGCUAGGACAACCAAUACAUCCGUCUCAGUCCAGGACUGAACCACAGGAGCUUUCAGACCCAUCACAGACCAACAUCCAGCCCCAGUCUAACCACAAGAGCCAUUACUCUGAAAUCCAACAAUCAAACCAAUCAGAGUCCUGAUUCACCCACAGAAUCCACCAGACUCCAUGCCUCAGCCACAGAUAGGAGUCAGGCUUUGAUUGUAAAAGAACGAAGAAAGAAGUGGAUGUAGAAUGAGAAGAACUUCUUAAAGUUUGAAAAAAGUUUGAAAAUCAAAAGUGAAGACCAGUGACAGUUUGUCCAGUCAUGAAUGACUAGGGUAAGAGUAGAAAGGGUUCCUAUUAAUGUCUUAGUGAAGGAGAGAAAUGUCAAUCGAUCAGCUUACCUGCUCCCUGCAAAUGCCUGUCAUGCCUUACCAGACACAGUGAGAGAAAUGAAAAGUGCUGACUGGUUUGUGACUAUUUGACAAACAGUUUAAAAUAACUUGAUGUGCAUGUUUAUUAGGAAAGCGGUAAGUAGUGUGUCACCCUAAGAAUGUUUUAGGGAAGAUGAGUAGAUGGAUGGGUUAUAAAAUGUGUUACUUGAUUGUUUUUUUUUUUCCUAACCCUACCUACCUCCAACCUUGUAAACCACACAUUCAAUAUGGUUUCUCUAUAUUUAUCACCUCUGCUUCCACAGACUGCAUUUCUGCUCCUGUACUCUACACAUAACAGUAUAAAUAGACUCUAUAAAUUGGACUCCGCAAUCUCUAUUUGAUUGUUAAUGAAUAUUUUAUGUGACAGGAAAAGUACAGGCUAGGUGAUAUAUUUUGUGAUAUUGCUAACAUGCUGCAGUUUGCUUGUUUUUAAGUCUAUUAAGUACAACAUAUGGGAUGUUAUGUUAUCCGUCUUUGUUUUCAUUUAGCUGAUAUGACAAUUAAAUAUGACAUUACAUUACCUGAAACUUUUUUUAAAAAAUUUGAUUUGCUUUCAUUCUUAAUUGCAGAGCAGAUUCUGGAAGCCUUGAAAUUGUGGGCAUGGUUGCAAAUGAUAGCCUACAUACAUUUGGACUGAGGAAAAAACUUUCACCCACUCUGUGCUGCAAAUACUUUAAUGUAUUUGGGGUAGUCAUUGUGCAGUCAUUGUGCAGUCCCUUGGAUACAAGCAACUUCUAUAAUAAUCAAGCUUCUUAAGUAGAUAUCUAAUCCUUCUAUUUAAAAUUUGGACUGGAGACUUGAUCUGGCUAGAUAAGAUCUCACCACUAUGCUGUUAAGAAACUAAAUUUGUUCAGUUUUGAUAAUUUCAUGAAAUUCAUGACUAUCAAACUUAUGCCCACAUAACCAAAUUCAACUGGAGAAAUUGGAAAAAGCUUUGGCAGUUUCAAAGGUUUGACAAUUCUUGUUAUUUGUAGAUGAAGAUCAUGAGAUAAGUAUUUUAUAGUCAUGAGGAUACAUAAAAGUAGUUCUACCCAUGACCUAUAAGCUUUGCUUUCAAAUACAAACACUUCUUUAUGAUUUUGAGAAACUCUAUUCACAACUUUCCUCAUAACGCAAAGGUAAAACUGGUUUCAUAUAGAAUGCAUAAUCACCCAGCUGGUCUAAACAAAACUUAAUUAAAAAAUAAAUGACAACAUAAUUAUCAAUGUGCAACCACCAGCAAGCAUAACAGCUCCAAAAGUGUGGGUGAGUGUGGGUGAAUAAUGUCAUGUGGAGGAAGUUCUUCUUCAACUUGUUUGCCCUGAGUUAACUUGUCUUAUGAUUUGGUGCUAUAUAAAUACAAUUGAAUUGAAUUGAUAGAGGACUGUACCUACAACACAACACAUUCAGAAAAUAAAAUAGUGAAACUAGAUGUAUGUUCUUGUACCGUAGAUCAUUUAUGUAGAUUACUGUAACAUGCUGUUGUUAAGUGAAAAAUGUAAAGAGGUUGUUCUAAAAAUGUUUUUUUUUUAAAUUAGUUCUCUAAGUGUAAUGAUAUUCGCACCUAACAGCGUUUGUGAGUCAUCUCAAGCCAAAGUUGAAUUUACACAUUAAAUGUUUUUAUUAUAAAAGUGUUACAUGUUGGGAUAAAAGUCAGUAGUGUGGCCGGAUCAGUUUGGUUUUUAGUUGUACAGUCUUGAGAAAAAUUCUAAGUUCUGGUUUUAAAUUACGUUUUUAAUGAUUUUAGUGAUGAAAAUGCAGGUAACAUAACAUAAAGUGUGUUAUUAAGGUGUUGUUCCACCAACACCACAAAAAAAUCCAUCUCAAGUUCACACACAACAACUAUGCCCAGCCCACAUGGACAACACACCACAAAUUAAUAACUAGAUUCAGUAUAUGUUAGAGAUAAGAGAUAAGUACAGAAGUAUUAUCAGCUAAAUUUGCCUGAAGUAAAAGUACUUGUCAUCACAGAGAUGGAUGGGCUUAUACACUGAUAAAUCAGUGUAUAAGACGCAUUUUACUGUUGUACCUUCUUCCUUGUUUACUGCUAUAACUACUACUAUAACUACUUUAUAUACAGUUAUCUUUGUCCAGUGGCUCCCAACAUAGAGACUGUUCCAAAGAGUCACCAGAUAAAUCUGAGGGGUCAUCAGAUUGUUAAUGGCAGAGGAAAGAAGAAAAAACAAUGUUCUUCUACACAAAUUUGUAUUAAUUUACAGGACUUUUCUUUAAUCUUUACUUUUUUGUGAAAUAUUAGAGAGUUUUAUCUCUUGAGAUUUAGUCAUUUAAAUAAACCACGUUUCAAGUUCAGAGGGAAAAUGUCUCUUUGGUGGAACUGAAAACAACUCAGAGACAUCUGAAACAUGACAAGGAUUCACAACUACACAUUUUUUUUCGGUUUUCUCUGUAAGAGGUUACUAGCCAUUAGAAUGGGAAGCACUGCUUUAAUCUUUAACAAUUUGUUGUUUUUUUAUAGGCUUGUUUUUUUGUUUUUUGUAAUCUGAGAAGUAACAGGUAACUGUAUCUGACA